GAGAGGAGAAUUUGUAAGUAGGUGAAAUGGGGAGGACACCCUGUUGCUUGAAGGAAGGGCUGAACAGAGGAGCCUGGAGUGCUGUUGAGGAUCAGAUUCUCAUAGAUUACAUCAAAACUCAUGGUGAAGGCAAAUGGGGAAGCAUUCCCAAAAAAGCUGGCUUAAAGAGAUGUGGAAAGAGUUGCAGACUUAGGUGGUUGAACUACUUGAGGCCUGAUAUAAAGAGGGGUAAUAUUUCUCCAGAGGAAGAGGAUCUCAUCAUCAGGCUCCACAAGCUCUUAGGCAACAGGUGGUCUUUAAUAGCAGGGAGACUUCCAGGCCGAACAGAUAAUGAAAUUAAAAAUUACUGGAAUUCAACUUUGUCCAAGAAAUUGAGUGGUAGCGAUCAACAUCAAAAGCAACCUAAAGGCGCUCAAAUGGUCAAGAAAAAUGAGAUUAAAUCAUCAUCACCAGCUGAAACCAGGGCGAUUAAGACAAAGGCAUUGAAGUUGUGCAAGCUUUCAGACACGCAGCAACCUUACAAGGUAGCGGCUGAUGCUUUCCUACAUCCUCAGACGGUGCAACAUGUCGAAGUGGGGGAGCAGAAGAGUGAUGAAUCUCUGUAUACGCAAAACCUGGGGCUGGAAUUUGAUGUUGGGGAGCUUAUGGCAUCUGAUAUGAUCUCGGAUUCAGAGUUUUGGAAGUUGUGUGACCAGUUUGACAAUAGCACGGACCAAGAAGCUAGUAGCAGUAGCAAUGGCCUUGCCAAGAGCAAACGCCAUGUUUUGGGGCAGUAUCCCCAGUUUACAGAGGAAAUGCUAACGGAUUGGAUAAGAUGAGAUGAUAGUAGUUUCAAUCUGACAGAGAAGUUCUGAUGUAACAAAAUUAACUGUGUGAAACUGUGACCCUGCCAUGCUUGUAGCUUAAAAUAAAAGGAAAUUGAAUACUGGAGUUUUGCAUUGUUGCAUUUCUCUUACAUUCAUCUAUACUUGUUAGUGCUGUUUCUGCGUUUCACCGUCAGGUCUCUGUAUUCUUGGGUUCUUAUUAUUUUUUUCUUUUAGUAAAGUGGGAAAAUCUUG